AUGAGUAAUUGGUUGGGGUUUUCUCUGACUCCACAUUUGAGAUUUGAUGAUGGCUUCGAUAGAGAAGACCAAGCUACUAGUUUCUCUGUCAUGCCUCUGCGUUCUGAUGGAUCUCUUUGUGUCGCUGAUCCCUUUAGACGCCAAGCUAAUGGUGCUCCAGAUUGGAGAUAUGAGAACACCAUGGAUGGAUCAGGUAGUCCAAGUGAGGAUGGUCCAAAGCUUGAGGAUUUCUUGGGGUGUUACUCAAACUCACCUUCUGAUGAGACGAAAGUUUAUUGCCAGCGAGAAGAUCACCACACUCACCAAAACCAUGCUAAUAGAAUCAAUGUUAAUCUAGCACCAAGCUUCAACACCAACGUAGAUAUAGAAACUGGGGAGAACAGUCUCACAAGCCAUUCUUCUUUAAUUCAAAGUUACCAUUUCAAUGACAAUCCACAAACCCUAAUCCCUAGUGACAGCCUUCAGCACUGUGAUUCAAACCCCAGCCAUAGCCACAACCAUAACCAUGAAAGUGGCAUGUACCAUGGGCCUUUUGAGAGUGCCAGUUCAGUUUCUGGGUUCAAGUCGUGGCUUAGGCAGACGACACCAUUUUCUUCUUGUGGGAAGUCUCCAAAUGAAGCGGACAAUGGCAAUUUUCAAUCAUUAUCACUCACAAUGAGUCCUAGUUCUCAGAAUGGAUUGGCUGCUAUGUCUCCUUUGCAAGUGGUUGAUAACCGUAAAAGGCCAGUUGCAAAAUCAGUUGUUAAAGAAUCAGUUUCUCGUAAAUCUAUCGACACAUUUGGACAGAGAACUUCACAAUAUCGAGGUGUAACAAGGCAUAGAUGGACUGGGAGGUAUGAGGCCCAUUUAUGGGACAAUAGUUGCAGGAAGGAAGGACAGACAAGGAAAGGAAGGCAAGGCGGAUAUGACAAGGAAGAAAAGGCAGCAAGGGCUUAUGAUUUAGCUGCCUUGAAGUAUUGGGGUUCAACAACGCAUAUCAAUUUCCCUUUGAGCACUUAUGAGAAAGAGCUUGAAGAGAUGAAGCACAUGACCAGGCAAGAAUUUGUAGCCAAUUUGAGAAGGAAAAGUAGUGGGUUUUCAAGGGGAGCUUCCGUGUACAGAGGAGUGACAAGGCAUCAUCAACAUGGAAGAUGGCAAGCUAGAAUAGGAAGGGUUGCUGGAAACAAGGACUUGUACCUUGGAACAUUUAGCACACAAGAAGAAGCUGCGGAGGCCUAUGACAUUGCAGCAAUUAAAUUCAGGGGUACCAGUGCUGUUACAAAUUUUGGUAUAAGUAGGUAUGAUGUAAAGAGAAUUUGCUCAAGCUCAACACUCAUUGCUAGUGACCUAGCUAAACGUUCAUCGAAAGAUUCGGCUCCAAUGGCUCUUGAGGAUCACAAUUCUUGUGCUUCGUCAGCAUCUCCUCAGCCCCUGCGUGCCAUAGCAAGCAGUGAAGCCUCCGAUGAAUUGAAUGACAUGGUGUGGAGUGCAAAUACAGAGGAACAUCAACAGCAACAAAGUAUUGACGACAAUAACAAUGAUGUAACAUUGAUGGCUUCAAGUAGCAGGAAUUCCUCCAAUGCUGCUAGUCCAAAAUGCUCGGUUGGUUUAGGAGCCAGUGAUUUUGGCCGUUGCGGCGGAAGCGGCUCUCAGGUUUACUUCCCGUUGCAGGGUGCAAAGUAUGAAGAUGGUGAUAAUGGAAAUGAUAACGGAAGUAAUGACCAGAGUAUCGGUAGCCUUGAUUUGGUGCAUGAGAGAAGGAAGAAAGAGAGGAAAGAAUCCAAGCCUGACCGUUUGCAGGGGUGCCUUAAAUUGCGUGCCUUUAGCCUUGUUGCAGUUGUUCUUGGAUCUUUUUAUUCAGUGCCAGGACCACUCCUCUUUAUGGCGCGUAGCCCUCUGAUAAUCCUGUCUAAUAAGGACAAUGAAAAGCCGCUGUUCAAUUGUCCUCAAAAUAGUGGACAGACAUCUAAAGUCGUAUUUGAACACUGUGGAGAUACACCUAAAAAGUACCGUGCAUUGGCAUUUUUGAUUCGAAGCUCCCCUGCUGGCCCAGAGGAAUAUGCACGGACUGAGAUGGCGUUAGCAGUGCCAGUAAGAAAAUUUAAAGAUGGAUUCGAAGCAGAAGGGGGACCCACGUAA